UGCUAUCAAGAUAAUUGAUAAGACACAGCUGGAUGAAGAGAACCUGAAGAAGAUCUUCAGAGAAGUUCAGAUCAUGAAGAUGCUUUGCCACCCGCAUAUCAUCAGGUUGUACCAGGUUAUGGAGACGGAGAGGAUGAUUUAUCUAGUGACAGAGUAUGCUAGUGGAGGGGAAAUAUUUGAUCACUUGGUGGCCCACGGCCGUAUGGCGGAGAAGGAAGCCCGGAGAAAGUUCAAGCAGAUAGUGGCUGCUGUCAACUUCUGCCACUGUCGUAAUAUCGUCCACAGAGAUCUGAAGGCAGAAAACCUCCUUCUGGAUGCUAACCUUAACAUCAAAAUAGCAGAUUUUGGGUUCAGUAACAUCUUCACACCUGGUCAGCUGCUUAAAACCUGGUGUGGGAGCCCUCCCUAUGCUGCUCCAGAGCUCUUUGAAGGAAAGGAGUACGAUGGGCCGAAGGUUGACAUUUGGAGCCUCGGCGUGGUGCUGUACGUGCUGGUGUGCGGCGCUCUGCCCUUCGACGGGAGCACGCUGCAGAACCUGCGGGCCCGGGUGCUCAGCGGGAAGUUCCGCAUUCCGUUCUUCAUGUCCACAGAAUGUGAACAUCUGAUCCGCCACAUGCUGGUCCUGGACCCCAGCAAGCGGCUCUCCAUGGAGCAGAUCUGCAAGCACAAGUGGAUGAAGCUUGGGGAGGCCGACGCGGAGUUUGACAGGCUCAUCGCCGAGUGUCAGCACCUGAAGACCGAGAGGCAGAUGGAGCCGCUGAACGAGGACGUGCUGCUGGCGAUGGCGGACAUGGGGCUGGACAAGGAGCGCACGGUUCAGUCAUUACGAGCCGAUGCUUACGAUCACUACAGCGCGAUCUACAGCCUGCUCUGCGACCGCCUGAAGAGACACAAGAAUCUGCGCAUCGCGGCAUCUCCGAGCGUGCCCCGGACCGUGACCUUCCCCACCUCUGCGGCCAUCCAGACGGAGCAGACCAGCAACACCAUGAGCAUCAACGUGCCCCAAGUCCAGCUCAUCAACCCCGAGAACCAGAUUGUGGAGACCGACGGAACGAUGAACCUGGACAGUGACGAGGGGGAGGAGCCGUCGCCUGAAGCGCUGGUCCGUUACCUCUCCAUGAGAAGGCACACGGUGGGAGUGGCUGACCCACGGACGGAGGUCAUGGAAGAUCUGCAGAAGCUGCUGCCUGGCUUCCCCCGCGUCACUCCCCAGGCCCCGUUCCUGCAGGUGACCCCCAACGUGAACUUCAUGCACAACGUGCUGCCUCGGCAGAACCUGCAGCCCACGGGCCAGCUGGAGUACAAGGAGCAGUCCCUGCUGCAGCCCCCCACGCUGCAGCUGUUGAACGGCAUGGGCCCGCUGGGCCGCCGCGCCUCCGACGGCGGAGCCAACAUCCAGCUGCACGCCCAGCAACUGCUGAAGCGCCCGCGAGGUCCCUCUCCGCUCGUCACCAUGACGCCAGCUGUGCCCGCCGUCACCCCCGUGGACGAGGAGAGCUCCGAUGGGGAGCCGGAUCAGGAAGCUGUGCAGAGAUACUUGGCAAAUAGGUCAAAAAGGCACACUCUGGCAAUGACCAACCCUACAGCUGAAAUCCCUCCAGACUUGCAGAGGCAGCUAGGACAGCAGUCCUUCCGACCCCGGGCUUGGGCUCCACACCUGGUACCCGAUCAGCACCGUUCUAUUUACAAGGACUCAAACACUCUGCACCUCCCCACUGAACGCUUCUCCCCGGUUCGGCGCUUCUCUGAUGGUGCUGCCAGCAUCCAGGCUUUCAAAGCCCACCUGGAGAAGAUGGGCAAUAACAGCAGCAUCAAACAGCUUCAGCAGGAGUGCGAGCAGCUUCAGAAGAUGUACGGCGGGCACAUGGACGAGAGGACGCUGGAGAAGACGCAGCAGCAGCACAUGUUGUACCAGCAGGAGCAGCACCAUCAGAUUCUUCAUCAGCAGAUCCAGGACUGUAUCCGGCCACCCCAGCCAUCUCCACCCUUGCAAGCUCCCUGUGAAAACCAGCCAGCUCUGCUCACUCACCAGCUUCAGAGGUUACGGAUCCAGCCCUCCAGCCCGCCCCCGAACCACCCCAAUAACCACCUCUUCAGGCAGCCCAACAGCAGCCCCCCGCCCGGGAGCAGCAGCGUGCUCCAGCCCCACGGUAAGCGCCGGCACUUCGCUGGGCCGGCCGCUCGGCAGAGCCCCGCGGUCCCCUGGACCCUCCGGGGAAGGCGGCGGGGG